GUCCCCAAAGAAGAAGAAUCAUUCGCUUCAAUGCGGAAAAACAUCAGAGCGUCCAAAAGAGAAACACAUCGGUUUAAAAUACAACAGAAAGAAAGAAGUGACGUUCGUUUAUUUCUGUUUUUAUUCGUCUGCAGAGUUCGCUUAUAUAAUAUCACAGACGUUUAGUUCUCUUGUUUUUCCUCCACACUGCUGACAGUGUUUUUAUGCAGUGUGUUGAAGUUCAGUCUGUGUUUCUCCGGGUUUUCUCCAGAAUCUCGUCACUAAAUGUUAACUAACUAACUCAGGACUCCUCAGCGGACCCGAGUCUACAGUUCACUGAACUGUCACUAAUCCUGCUCACCCACAGCUGCGGAGCACAAUGCACAGGAGGGGAGUGGGAGCCGGAGCCAUCGCCAAGAAGAAACUGGCGGAGGCCAAGUACAAAGAAAGAGGAACAGUCCUGGCUGAGGAUCAGAUUGCACAGAUGUCUAAACAGUUGGAAACAUUCAAAACUCAUUUGGAGGAGUUUGCCAGCAAACACAAGCAAGAGAUUCGAAAGAAUUCACAGUUCAGGGUUCAGUUCCAGGAAAUGUGUGCCACGAUAGGAGUGGACCCACUAGCGUCUGGUAAAGGAUUCUGGUCAGAGAUGCUUGGAGUUGGAGAUUUCUAUUAUGAGCUUGGUGUACAGAUAAUUGAAGUCUGCCUUGCUCUAAAGCACAGAAAUGGCGGACUCAUUACACUGGAUGAACUUCAUCAGAGAGUGUUAAAGGGAAGAGGCAAGUUUGCUCAGGAUGUGAGCCAAGACGACUUGGUACGGGCCAUCAAAAAGCUCAAAGCGAUGGGGAAUGGUUUUGGAAUGAUUCCUGUUGGAGGCUCCUAUUUAGUUCAGUCUGUCCCAGCUGAGCUCAACAUGGAUCACACUGUUGUUCUUCAGCUGGCUGAGAAAAAGGGCUACGUAACAGUGAGUGAGAUCAGAGAUGGCCUCAAGUGGGAGAAAGAACGGGCAUGUCAUGUACUUGACCACCUGCUGAAAGAAGGUCUAGCAUGGCUGGAUUCUCAAGCUGCAGGUGAGCCGCAGUACUGGCUGCCAGCCCUGUUCUCAGAACUUUUGUCUCGUGAUGUCACACCUGAGGAGGCUAACCAGAUGACACCGUGACAAGAAGAAACAACUUUCUAUAAACUGAGCAAUCAGUCAAAGUAAUCAGCCAGGUUGAAUACUGUCCUUUCAAGUGCUGAAACCACAUCAUGUAAUGAGUGCUUCCUUGACGUGUGAUUGUGAAAGCUAACUGAAAGAAUAACUGUCUCGAAAUGGAUAAUAAAAGCAUUUAUUUUCUGUAGGAAUU